AUGGAAUUGAAUUCCAGUCUUUAUAAUCACACUUUUCUUAGCAAAGGAUUUACUGGCACUUGGGAGGACUUUGUCAAGAAUAAGUUCAGUGUUUAUCCUCAGGACCUCCCUGAAGUCAUUCUAGUAUUGGCUUUGCUCUGCGCAAUUGGAGCAUUUUUGAACCUGCACUUGAAGGACUUUCUAAUUCCUCUCCCUGUGAUACUGUUUUUAAUCGGAUGCUGUUUUGAAAUACUCAGUUUUACAUCUGACAAGGUUCUACAAUAUACAGAUGCCGUACAAUGGAUGAGCCCACAUUUGUUUUUUGAUUUAUUUACACCAAUAAUUAUCUUUAAUGUUGCAUUUGACCUGGAUGUUUACAUGUUCCAGAAGUUAUUUUGGCAGAUAAUUUUAAUUACAGUUCCUGGAUAUUUUAUCAAUUAUGCCUUAAUUCUUUCAUAUCUGGUAUCUGUGAAUAAAUUAAAUUUGAGAACCAGCCCAUGGUUAUUAUUUUCAACUAUCCUUAUGAGUUCAGAUCCCAUGCUGACUGCAGCUGCUAUAAGAGACCUUGGUCUUUCUAGAGGCCUCAUCAAUUUAAUUAAUGGAGAAAGUCUGAUGACUGCUAUAAUGUCUUUUAAUGUGUAUGCUAGUAUUUUGAAAUUUAACACAGACCUGAAAAGUAUGAACCAUUCCUUAGCAUAUAGCAUCAUGGAGCCAAUAUUGUCAUACUAUCUAACAAGUUUCUUGUUAGGAAUUCUAUGUGCAAAACUGAUUCAGUUGUGGAUGUCUACUGUUUUUGGUGAUGAUGUCAAUCAUAUAAGUCUCAGCGUUUCAGUUGUGUACCUCAUCUAUUUUAUUUGUGAGCUACUUGAAAUCUCUGGAUUCCUUACGCUGGCCUUUAUGGGACUUCUUUUAAAUUCUACAAGUUUUAAGCCAGGAGUUGAAGUACUUCUUGUCGAACUUCUGGUCUUUCUAUUAUUGAGCCCUCUUUUGUCUCGACUUGGUGAUGGGUUCAGCUGGCGCUGGGCAUUCAUAAUGGUCUCGAGUGAAAUGAGAGGGGUGCCUAAUGUAAGCAUGGCCCUUCUGCUCGCCUACUCUGACCUUUCUGUUGGAACUGAGAGGGAAAAAUCGCAAGUAUUAUUUCAUGCAGUGUCAGUAUGCCUCAUUACCCUGGUUGUCAAUAGAGUUGUUUUGCCGAUGGUAGUUAGUAAACUAGGUCUGCAUGACAUCACAUCAACAAAAUAUAAGUCACUUUAUUAUACAUUUCAACAUUUUCAAGAGACAACCAAAUCUACAGCCUCCGCACUCAAAUUUGACAAAGAUCUUGCUAAUGCAGAUUGGAACAUGGUUGAGAAAGCAAUUGUAUUUCAAAACCCAUAUGCACUGAGCCAAGGAGAAACAACAGAACAUCAAAAAGUGGUCUGUCCAAACUGUAACAAGGAAAUAGAUGAGACCCUUAACAUUGAAGCUAUGGAACUGGCCAACAGGCGUCUUCUGUCAGCACAAAUAGCAAGCUAUCAGAGACAAUACAGAAAUGAGACUCUGUCCCAGAGUGCUGUCCAGAUGCUGGUAGGUGCAGCAGGAAGCUUCGGUGAGAAGGGAGAAUAUAUGAGUCCUGACACAAUAAAGACUUAUUCUGAAAGCAAAACAGUCCUUACCUUUGUUAGAAAAGUAUUGCUCAACUGGGUGUAUAAUACUAAAAAGGAAAAAGGAGUCCCAUCGAGAUACUGCUUUCUUCGUUCCUUCCAUAAGAUAGUAUUUACUGAUGAAUUCGAGUUUGUUGGAUUCCUUGUGAUACUAAUGAAUAUAUUCCCUCUUGUAAUUACUUGGGUGCCCACAUUAGAUGACAUCUAUGAGACUGAAUUAAGACAUUCUAACUUCUUUUUUCUUUCCUUUUACUUCCUGGAGUGCCUAUUUAAGAUAGCAGCAAUGAGGAAGGAAUAUUUUUUGCAUACCUGGAACCUAUUUGAAUUAGGAAUUACAUUAAUUGGCAUCAUAGAUGUAAUAAUUGUUGAGUCACGUACCAUUGUUAAUUCUUUUAAUUUGAUUCAAUUGGUGGUAUUUUUUAAAACUGUUCGAAUUAUUCGAAUACUACGAAUUUUGAAGCUCGUAACUCCAAAGUUGCUGCAAUUAAUAGAUAAAAGGUUGAGUCACCAGCUGUCCUAUAAGUAUGCUAUACUAAAAGGAUUUGUGCAAGGUGAAUCGGACAUAAGGACUAUAAUUGAUCAGAUUGCAAGUUCUAAACAGAUUAAACAGGUGUUACUAAAGAGGGUGAUGCGGAAUACGGCGCAUGCUAUGAGAGAGCUAGGCUACUUAGAGUAUGAUCACCCAGAAAUCGCUGUCACUAUGAAAACAAAGGAGGAGAUUAAUGUCAUGCUCAAUUUGGCUAGAGAAAUUAUUAAGGUUUUUAGGUUAAAAGGAAUUCUUCAUAAAAUUGAAGCUUCUGAAAUUAACAAGUUAAUAAUGGACAAAAAAAGAGAGUUGUUGGAUUUUCAACCUAUUAUCAAGCCACUUACUCUUGCUGAAGCACUAUACCAUAUUCCAUGGCUAGAUAAAGACAAAGACCAGAUAAGCUUUAUUCAGGACAGAGCCAAACUUAAAACAUUUGAUUGUGGAAAUGAUAUAUUUGAAGAAGGUGAUGAGCCCAAAGGAAUUUAUAUAAUUAUUUCAGGCAUGAUAAAGCUUCAAAGAUCAAAACCAGGUUUGAUAAUUGACCAAACACUCCCUCAGUCGGAGGAAAAAGAUCUUCAGAUAACUUACUCAGACUAUGUGAUCAGUGGGGAAAUAAUAGGAGAGCUAAACUGUUUAACUAAUGAACCCAUGAAAUAUUCUGCCAUCUGCAAAACUGUAGUGGAGACAUGUUUUAUUCCCAAAAACCACUUGUAUAGAACUUUUAAACAAUGCUGUCCUCAAAUGGAAUAUAAAAUGUGGCUAAAACUUGGACUUUCUAUUACUGCCAAAAAAAUCAGGGAACGUUUAUCCUAUGAGGAUUGGAACUACAAGAUGCAAUUAAAACUCUGUAAUGUUUGUGUUAAAGAUAUACCAAAGGGCACCAAGUGUGAUAUCUAUGAUGAAACUGUAAUUUAUGUCAUCCUCAUAAAUGGAGUUGUGGAAGAUUGCCAAUUAAGAAAAGUUUAUAAAGCACCUUCCUUAAUUCCUUUAACAUGCCACCAGAUACAAGGCACUGAAGAUUUCACAAAGGUAGUGAUUGUUCAGACUUCGAUUAAUAUGAAAAAAUUCAGAUGGACCGGUACAAAGUAUGUGCCUGCAUUUAAAGCAUCUGGUCCAACAGCAAAAGAAAGUGAGUUAGAUUUCUUUGAGCCAUUGAAAACUUACUUUCCACUUAUAAAAUAGCCAUAUAA